GUUUCUAUUGAGUCUUCAUUAAGAAAUGGUCUUGUCUUCUUUGUAGGUUUAUCUUCUCCAUUACACUAGCAUCCAUACAUAUAUACUGCAGCAGACCAAGAAUUUCUGGGGUGACAAGCAAAGAUGAUGGAGUCUGGGGUUCCCAUGUGCCACAUUUGUGGCGAGGAGAUCGGAUUGAACUCGAAAGGGGAAGUGUUCGUGGCCUGCCAUGAAUGCAAUUACGCCAUCUGCCAACACUGCCGUGACUAUGAAGCAAAGGAAGGCCGUAACGCCUGUGCUCGAUGCGGAACCUCUUAUGGCCAUGGGCCUGAAGUUUCAGCUGAAGCUCCAAAUCCUGUUCCUGCUGCUGCAAACAACGCUCAGGAUAUGGGAAUUCAUGCUAGAAAUGUCAGUACUGUUUCCACAGUGGACAGUGAGUAUUUGGAUGACUCUGGGAAUCCGAUAUGGAAGAACAGAGUGGAAAGUUGGAAAGAAAAGAAGAACAAGAAGAAGAAGGCUGCAAAAAAGGAUAAAAAAGAAGCACAAAUACCAGCUGAGCAGCAGAUGGAAGAAAAACCACAGUCUGCAGACGCCGCACUUCCACUUUCCAGAGUAUUUCCCUUACCAAAAACUCAGCUUACAACAUACAGAACAGUGAUCAUUUUGCGGUUGAUUAUCCUCGCCUUUUUCUUCCAUUACCGUGUGACGCAUCCUGUCGAUAGUGCCUUCGGUCUAUGGCUCACUUCAGUCAUUUGCGAAAUCUGGUUUGCAUUUUCAUGGGUGCUCGAUCAGUUCCCCAAGUGGACUCCUGUAAAUAGGGAGACUUAUGUCAACAGAUUAUCGGCAAGGUAUGAGCGCGAAGGUGAACCAUCAGAGCUCGCAGCCGUGGAUUUUUUUGUCAGUACCGUUGAUCCCCUGAAAGAACCUCCCCUGAUAACUGCAAACACUGUUCUAUCAAUCCUCGCGGUGGAUUAUCCUGUUGAUAAAGUCUCUUGCUAUGUGUCGGACGAUGGCGCAGCUAUGCUUACCUUCGAGUCUCUUGUUGAGACAGCUGAUUUUGCGAGGAAAUGGGUGCCCUUUUGCAAGAAGUUCUCCAUUGAGCCACGUGCCCCUGAGUUUUACUUCUCGCAGAGAAUCGAUUACCUAAAGGAUAAAAUACAGCCUUCCUUCGUCAAGGAACGAAGAGCCAUGAAAAGGGACUAUGAAGAGUAUAAAGUACGGAUAAACGCUCUGGUAGCGAAGGCGCAGAAAACACCAGACGAAGGCUGGACGAUGGCAGAUGGGACACAAUGGCCCGGAAACAACACUCGCGAUCAUCCUGGCAUGAUUCAGGUGUUUUUAGGCAAUACUGGCGCGCAGGAUAUAGACGGGAACGAGCUUCCUAGGUUGGUUUAUGUCUCCAGAGAGAAGAGGCCUGGCUAUCAGCAUCACAAAAAGGCUGGUGCUGAAAAUGCUCUGGUAAGAGUAUCUGCCGUGCUCACAAACGCGCCGUUUAUUCUCAAUCUUGACUGCGAUCACUACGUCAACAACAGCAAGGCGAUUCGCGAGGCUAUGUGUUUCUUAAUGGAUCCUCAAGUGGGUCGGGAUGUUUGUUACGUGCAGUUCCCCCAAAGGUUCGAUGGGAUUGAUAAGAGCGAUCGAUAUGCUAAUCGCAACACAGUUUUCUUCGAUGUUAACAUGAAAGGCUUAGACGGCAUUCAAGGUCCAGUCUAUGUUGGGACAGGCUGUGUCUUCAACAGACAAGCACUUUAUGGAUAUGGACCGGCAUCCUUGCCGAGCAUACCUAAGAGAUCAUCAUCGGGCUCAUGCUGCAGUAGCUGUUGUUGCUGCUGUCUUCCAAAGAAGCAUGCGAAAGAAAAGGAUCUUGCCGAGGUUUACCGUGACGCUAAAAGGGAAGACCUCAACGCUGCCAUCUUCAACCUCAGGGAAAUCGACAACUAUGACGAGCACGAAAGGUCAUUACUCAUCUCCCAAAUGAGCUUCGAGAAAACCUUCGGCUUGUCCACAGUCUUCAUCGAAUCUACACUAAUGGAGAAUGGAGGAGUUGCCGAAUCUGCAAAUCCAUCUACGCUGAUAAAAGAAGCAAUUCAUGUCAUCAGCUGUGGCUACGAAGAAAAGACGGCCUGGGGUAAAGAGAUCGGUUGGAUAUACGGCUCGGUCACUGAAGAUAUCCUGACUGGAUUCAAAAUGCAUUGCCGUGGAUGGAGGUCGAUUUACUGUAUGCCUUUAAGGCCGGCGUUCAAGGGAUCGGCUCCGAUCAACCUUUCCGACAGGCUGCACCAGGUGCUCCGAUGGGCGCUGGGAUCGGUGGAAAUUUUUCUCAGUCGACAUUGUCCUUUGUGGUAUGGAUUUGGCGGCGGCCGCCUGAAAUGGCUCCAACGGCUUGCGUAUAUCAACACCAUCGUCUACCCUUUCACGUCCCUCCCACUCGUUGCCUACUGCAUUCUGCCGGCGAUCUGCCUCCUCACCGGAAAAUUCAUCAUCCCUACGCUGUCGAAUCUGGCAAGCGUCCUGUUUCUGGGGCUCUUCCUCUCCAUCAUCGUCACCAGCGUCCUGGAAUUGAGGUGGAGCGGCGUCAGCGUGGAGGCGCUGUGGCGGAACGAGCAGUUCUGGGUGAUCGGCGGCGUGUCGGCGCAUCUGUUCGCCGUUUUCCAGGGGAUCCUGAAAAUGCUGGCGGGUCUGGACACCAAUUUUACGGUGACGGCUAAGGCAACAGACGAUACAGAGUUCGGGGAGCUGUAUGUGUUCAAGUGGACGACGGUUCUGAUCCCUCCGACCACCAUUCUGAUCAUCAACCUCGUCGGAGUGGUGGCCGGAUUUUCAGACGCGCUGAACAGUGGGUACGAGGCAUGGGGGCCUUUGUUCGGCAAGGUAUUCUUCGCCUUCUGGGUCAUCCUCCAUCUCUACCCAUUCCUUAAAGGGCUGAUGGGCAAACAGAACAGGACUCCCACCAUUGUUAUCCUCUGGUCUGUGCUCUUGGCCUCGGUUUUCUCGCUCGUCUGGGUCAAGAUCAACCCCUUCGUUAGUGUUGAUGAUUCCUCCACACUUGCUCAAAGCUGCAUCUCCAUUGAUUGUUAAAAGUCUGGUUUUUUUGGACGUGAUUAAGUUUGAUUGUGCAAGAAGAUGAUUGAUGAUCGUAUUUGGUAGUUAAUCGAUUUGCAUAAACUUCUUGUUGUUUGUACUCUAAGCUACACAAUGAUUCAAUCAAAAGCUAUCUAGCACUUGAACGAGUUGUUCGAUAUGA